AGUACUGAUUUUGUUUACAGGGUUCCACGUGACUCCGAAGAUCCAUCUGAUCUGUCCUGAGAGCUGCCUUCUAAUAGUUGUGGGGGUCAUAAUCGGACUUCUCUUGUUUUACACUGGCUUUCAUAGCGUAGAGCAUCUUACCCCGGAUGUUUUCUUCCUCUACAUGCUACCGCCCAUAAUUCUGGACGCCGGGUAUUUCAUGCCUAAUCGACUGUUUUUUGACAACAUGAGUUCUAUUUUGAUCUACGCUGUACUCGGUACUGUUUGGAACGCUCUGACCAUCGGCUUUUCUCUAUGGGGUGUGGGUUUGACUGGUCUUUACGGUGUGGAGCUCCCCCUGUUGGAUACUUUGCUGUUCAGUUCUAUAGUUUCGGCUGUAGAUCCCGUGGCGGUCUUAGCUGUCUUCGAGGAGAUCCAAGUGAACGACGUGCUUUAUAUCCUGGUGUUCGGAGAAUCUUUGCUGAACGACGCCGUAACAGUGGUGCUGUAUCACAUGUUUGAAGGAUACGCUGAAAUGGGACAAGAAAACAUGAUUCCUAUCGACUACGUCGCUGGUGUUGCUUCCUUCUUCGUAGCAGCACUAGGUGGCGCUCUCAUCGGAAUCCUUUGGGGUGUGUUGGCGGCUUUCAUUUCUCGAUUUUCUCACCACGUACGGAUUAUCGAGCCCCUUUUUGUGUUCGUCUUAGCUUACCUGGCCUAUCUGAAUGCUGAACUGUUUCAUCUGUCUGGAAUUGUGGCACUCGUUUUCUGCGGUAUUUCCAUGAAGAAUUACGUGGAAGAAAACAUUUCCUACAAGUCCCACGUGACAGUUAAAUACACAAUGAAGAUGUUGGCUAGUUCCUCGGAAACCAUCAUCUUCUUGUUUUUGGGUGUUUCUACUGUAAACGACAAUCAUGAAUGGAACACCUGGUUUGUCGUUAUGACCAUUUUCUUCUGCACAAUUUACAGAUCUAUUGGUGUUGUAAUUCAAACAUGGGUUCUCAAUCGUUUUCGGCUGCACAAGAUUCAUAAGGUUGAGCAAUUCAUCAUGGCGUAUGGUGGUCUGCGCGGGGCUGUCGCCUUUGCUUUGGUUCUUGUUAUCUCAGAUAAAAUAAUCCCAACAAAAGCAAUGAUGGUAACAGCCGUGAUUGCAGUAGUUUAUUUCACCGUAUUUAUUCAGGGCAUGACAAUAGGUCCUUUAGUAAAGAUACUAAAUGUUUCAACUAGUCAGAAAACCAAACUUUCCAUGAACGAAAGGCUGCAUACACGGAUAAUGGACUACCUGAUGGCUGGAAUUGAAGACAUCUCUGGUCACCUGAUGGGGAACUACCAUCUUCGAGAUAAGUUUAAAUACUACAACAACAAGUACAUUCGACCUUUCCUGACUCGUGACCACCAUGUUCGAGAACCGAAGAUUUUUGAGACACAUUCCAAGCUUAACCUGGCAGAUGCUAUGAAUCUUGUUCAAAAAAAUGGCAGUGCAAUACCCGUGAUGGGAAAAGACAUGAAUAUCUCUCUUUCAACGUUCUUCCAAACUUACACACAGACUAAUAUUCCAAG